AUGAAUUCUUUAAUUUAAUAACAUCGAUCAGCAUCAAGUAGACAUCGAAGCUUUCUGAAUAUCACAGCAUCCCAACAACUAAGGAUGCAAUCUCCUCUCACUUACACUGAGAAUAGUUAAAUCAAUUAAAAAGAUCUCAUUCAUAAAUUAGUUUAGACUCUAAGAUUAUAGCCAACCAAAAAGAACAAGGAGAACAAGAAUAGACAAUAAAAAGCAAGAUCCCAAUUAAACUCAGGUUAAAAAUAAAGAGUCCUCGAAGAUAGACUCUAGAAGUUAGACACCGCAAACUCUCCCACUUUAGGCUCUUAAAACAGAAGACACUUCAAUUUAACCCUACCACACAUCACCUAAGCGAAGUAUAAGAGCUUCAAGAUGCUAUAAUUUUUGGGCAAGGGACGCUAUAGCAAUGUUCAUCUAGCCAUUGAUGAAAAUACUAAUUAUCACGUAGCCUUAAAAAUCAUGAAGAAGGCUCAAAUUCAAUCUAUGUCACAAUCUAUUGCCCAGGAGAUUAAAAUUUAGUAUUUACUCAAUCAUCCAAAUAUAGUUAAAUUAUAUACAUUUUUUUAAAAUACUGAUGAAAUUGUUCUGGUCUUGGAAUAUUGUCCCAAUGGCUAGAUACAUAAAAUACUCAAAGGCUUGCCUGAAUGUUGCUUUCCAGAAAAAUUAGCCUCCUCAUACAUCCGCCAAAUCCUGAGUGCUUUGAUUUAUCUACACAGAAAUGGCAUCAUUCAUAGAGACCUUAAACCAGAGAAUAUAUUCUUAUGUUAUAAUCAAAUAAAGAUUGCUGAUUUCACAUAUUCAGUAUAUUCACCUGAAGAUCAAAGGUAAACAUAAUGUGGAUCUCUGGCCUACUUGUCUCCUGAGAUAAUUCGAGGAGAGAACUACGACAAGAGCACUGACAUGUGGUCUCUUGGAGUUCUGGCUUACGAAUUAUGCUGUGGGGAAACACCCUGGGAAGAUUUAAGAUAGGAUGAAAUGCAAUAAAUGAUAUAGGAUGGGAUAAUUAAAAUGCCUGAUUCAUUUUCUUGUGAAUUGAAAGACUUUAUUAGCAAAUUAGUUACAUCUGAUUCGAAAAGUAGAAUGACUGCAAAACAAGCAAUGACUCAUCCUUGGGUUUAACAAUAGGAGGAAUAGUUAACUUAAUAUGAAUUUAAUCUUUGA